CUCUUCUCAUCAAUCUUCAGUACUUGAACUCUACCAGUUCUUUCUGCUGAAGAACAAGAAAAGAGUCUAGGGUUUUGAAAGAAAGAGGGUUAGAGAGUAAAAGAAAAGAUGGGUUCCGGUGUAGUUGAAGCAUGUGAAAAAUGUAGCAAAAAAUGUGUAAUGAUUCAUCAAGGUAGAAAAGAUCCAUCAUCAAUUGUUACUCCCUUCUUCAAAAUCAUGCUCGGUGAUCGUUUUUCAACACUUCUGUUUAUUCCUCCUGUAUAUGCUCGAUCAAUAGCAACCCUGGAUAACCAAGUUAUUAUCCUUGAAGAUGCAAUGGGAGAACAGUGGAAGGUAAAGUUGGCAAAAGUUGAUGGGUCGCUGGCUAUCUCCAAAGGAUGGAAUGAUUUUGUGAUAGACCACUCUAUAAAACUUGGGGACUUUUUGGUAUUCAGCUAUCUUGCUGACACAUUCUUUCAAGUCCAAAUUUUCGAAUCAACUGGCUGUGAGAAGUUAAGUUUCUCCGCGAAAACCACAAACAACUUCAACAACAAUACCAACUGCACCGCUACCAACAACAAUGGGGGAAAAAGAGUCAAGGGAAAACGUUCUUUUGGUGAUGCAAGUCGGGAUAGAACAAAUUCAAGUAGCUCAAAGUUCCCUGCUGGAACAGCUGGUAAUUGUUCAGUGCAUGAACAAGGUUCAAACUCAACUAUUCAUUCUAGGUUUGAUGAUGAAAUGCGUGAGAGGAGAAAAAGUGCCAAUGAUACAGCAAAUGUUAAGAUGGCAGCAGAAAAGGCUUCUGACAACCAUAAUAAGGAGAAGACAUUGCAACCUGCGACCCAAGUUGAAUGCACGGAAGUACCAUUUUACAUGUUUGAUAGGAGCUCAGACAAACAAGGAACAAGUACAAGUCCUCUCUUUGAUUUGUCUAAUUUCGAAAGGCCCAUUACAGAAUCAGGUAUGAAUGCAGCACAGAAAACGGCACCAGUGGCUCUUGAGAAAGCAACAUCUUCCCAUCCAUCAACAGACCACGAGAUGGAAGAACAAAACCAUGUGUUUGAUGAAGAAGCUGUUUGCAAGAAUAGAGGAAAUAGUGGAUUGUCUGUUGGUAUACCUGUUACUGAAGUUCUUAAUAGUGUAAAUGACUUGGAAAUGUUCGAGAGAAACUUUUAUGUUGAAAAUCAAGAUAAAGUACCAGUGCUCGCUGAUGCAACUGAAGAAAUGCUAGCACUGGUUGAUAUACCUUCGGUUGAAGUUCCUAAUGGUGUCUAUGACUUGGAAAUGCCCGAGGGAAACUGCAACUCCGAGAACCAAGAUGAAGUACAAGUGCACGCUAAUGCAACAGAGGAAAGAGAAGGAUUUGUUCUUGAAUUGGACGGCCUUGAGAUGAGAGAACAGUAUCACGUGGUUGAUGAAAAACCUGGCAAGAACGGAGAGAAUAAUGUUCCUCCUGUCGAUAUACCUGCUGUUGAAGUUCGUGACAGCGCACAUGACUUUGAAUUGCCUGAGAGGAAAGACAAUGCUGAGAAUGAAGAUAAAAUCCCGUUGGCUGCUGAUGAACUUGCGGGUUAUUGCAAUGUCAUCAAACAACCCCUUUCAACCCCUGCAGUGGGUUUCUGUGAAAGCGAGAGGGAAAAUCUGAAAAUAUCAAAUGCGGCAUCAUUUAAAGAACCUCUUCUCGUGGAUGAACUUAAUGCUGUAGUUCCUGAUGUAGUACUGCUCGGAGACCAUCGUCCCCAAGAAAGCAGUAGAAGAGUGACUCGGUUUUCAUCUUCACUGCCACCUGGGUCCAGCAAAAAUCCUGUUGCCAUGGAAGUGAAAGAUCACCAGACUGUGAAGGUAUCCAAAGUAGUUGAAAAAGAACGUGAAAAGAAGCUCAAGGAAAAACAAGGAAGACACACAACUUUUGUUAAAGCAGAGCCGGAAGAAUUUGAAUACGAAGCUUGCACAGCGGUAAAAACAGAAAACAUUGAUUACAAUUCUCCCCUGUCACUCGAUGCAGUCAAUUUCUCAACAUCAGCUCCUGCAGAAACUCAAUCUUAUCUCGAGUUGGCAUUAGAUCUGCCAUGGUUUGCUGUCAGGGGAAGGAAGCCUUCUGGCAAAAGAAUUGUAGUGCUCAGAGAUUCUUCCAUGAGAAAGUGGCCAGUAGUCUACCAAGAGAGAUCCAGUUUCAGAGUGUUAGCAAGUGGGUGGAAAGCAUUAGCAGAAGCAAACAACCUCCAAAAAGGAGAUAUCUGCCUCAUGAGUGUGGAAAAUGCAUCCGAAGGUUUGCUUCAACUGGAAAUUAAAAGAAAGUAAACGAGUUUCAAGUUAUCUGAUGAUAUGUGCCACUAUUUAUAACCUGAAUGUAACUCUGCUUGCUAAAUGUGCCUUGAUAAAGAUGACAGUAAAACUAAUAGAAGAAAAAUCUAUUGAAUGGAAUAUUUUGACCCUAUUGAAUGAAAAAUCUAUUGAAUGGAAA